GCCGACGAGCGUCUCGUCGCCAUGGAAACCUGAGCACGGGUUCUUGACACUUAAUUUCCUCUCCCAAAUGGAAAAGUCUGUAGCUAGAGUUCUGUAUGGCCAGGGGACCUCCUUGAAUUUGACCUCUCGGAAAAUAAAAGCAGUUCCCGAGUGCGUCUUCAGGAUACGGAAGCUCUCGGUCCUCCAGCUGACCAACAACUCCAUCACUGCCCUGCCCGCCGAGCUGCUCUCUCUCCGACGCCUGGCUGAGCUUCAUUUGGGGAAUAAUGCCUUGAAGGAGCUCCCCGCUGUUCUGGGCCAUCUGGAGUCCUUGAAGAAACUCUAUCUGUUCAGCAACCAAAUUACAGUAGUGGCACCUGAGGUGAUGGGUGGCUUACACAACCUCGUUGUGCUCAAUCUGAACCACAACCAGAUUCAAAGACUUCCUCCAGAGAUUAGAAGUUUGCAUAGGCUUCAACAUCUCAGUCUGCUGGACAACCGGCUGGAGGAGGUCCCCGCUGAGCUGGGUCACCUCACCAGCCUGGCUGAGCUGAACUUGACCUCCAAUAAUCUGCCCGGGCUGCCUCAGCAGCUGUACCAGUGCAAAGAGCUAACCAAGCUGUACUUAGCCAGAAACAAGCUGACCAGCCUACCAGAGGGAAUUAGGGCCCUGACAAAACUCCAAGUACUGGAUGUGGCUGGGAACAAGUUGUUCAUGUUCCCCGUUCAGUUUCACCUGCUGCCCCUGAGGGAGCUCCACUGUGAAGGCAACAGGUUUGUGCGCUGUGAGCCGAUGUCGGCGGUGCAGGACCGAGAGGUGCUCUCGCUGAAGGAACUGGUUGCCAGAUUUGUGCUGCUGGAGGACAGGAACAGGUCCUCUCUGGUCCACAGGAUGCUUCCUCACUACCCGGCCUUAACUGCCUUGGUGGCCGCUGGCAACUGUUGUGAGCUUUGCCUGAACCCCUUCCUCACCACCUGGCUGGAGUGUGUGCAUUUUAUCAGUCCGAAGAAGGACAUGAAGAUGAAGGGUGUUCGGACCAUUCCAGUCCGCGCCCUUCUAUGCUCAUACAAGUGCUUAAAUACGCAGGGACACUCCUACUAUGGUGUUGCUACAAGAAUAACACAAGGUCAUUGAAAAGGUGCCAUCCGUCAGUUAAAUCACUAUCACAUCUCAUUUUUGGUAUUAAAACUGUACGCACUGAUCUCCAUUUGCACAAAUUUAACAAAAGACCUCAACACGAAGAUGCAUUUUUUGUUUGUUACACAUUAAAGUAUAAUAUUGUGGUA